AUGGAGCUGAAGAGGGGAAAGACCUUCAUCAAAUCCAGCUUGCAGAUUUCCCAUGAGAAACCCCCAGACCCUGCAGCCACUGCUGUAGCCAGGGAGGAUGCAGGUCCCUGGUCAGUCUCGUUGGGAGGGCAGCAGAAACCGCAUGGAGAGAAGGGUUCUGAAGCCAGCUCCAGCAUCCAAGGGUAUGAUCGGUGCCUCAACAAAGGGGCACAGACUGACCCUGAAGGAGGUCAAGCCACCUUCAAAUUGGUACGGAAGAGCAAGACUCAUGAGAGUGUUCCAGGGGCCAGCAAGRCAGCAACCACCCCAGGACAGCUGGUGGGUAGCGCAAGCUUCCCAGGGCCCUCUGGCAGCCAGCGCAUGAUUGACUACCGCCACUUUGUGCCCCAGAUGCCCUUUGUGCCAGCUGUGGCCAAGAGUAUCCCAAGGAAGAGGAUUUCCCUGAAACGGCCCAAGAAGUGCUUCCGGAACCUAUUCCACAUCCGCAGAAACAAGACAGAGAACUUGGCCUCACUGGCAGCCAAAGGGAAGAGCCUGUCCUCCCCGGGGGACCCAUCRGAUGCUGCAAGGCAGAGAGGCAAAACCUUCUUUUCCCAGGGCGAGGGGCUGGGGCUGGACGACCUGUGCCAGGACCUGUCUGACAGUGAGUUCCUGCCUGACUCACCCUUCGACCUCUGCAGUGCCCUGUGCGAGGAUGUAGCCUCCCUGAAGAGCUUUGACUCACUCACAGGCUGYGGGGAGAUCUUUGCAGAUGAGAGCUCGUUGCCACCCCUGGAGCUGAGUGAAGGCCCCGAGAGCCCAGGUCGGGUGUCCCAAGCCUUGGAAAGCAAGGAUCCCAGGGGCCCUUCCCAAGACAGUGUGGAACAGCUGGCAUCACCUGCCCAGAAUGAGGUGUUGGAUUUCACCAAGUUCUGGGACAGUGUGAAUCGCUCUGUGAGGCAGCAGCAGCGUGCCCUGCUAGGCCCGUGGCUGGUGGGUCCUCAGGGGACAAACACAGACCAACCCAGGCUGGAUGUAACUGGGUUGGCAGAGUUGCCCCUGUUUCCCUGCAGGGGCCCCCCAAGUGGCUCCAAAGCCAGCUCUGUAGACACAGGCACCCCCAAAAGUGAGCAGCCAGAAUCUGUGUCUACGAGUGAUGAGGGUUAUUAUGACUCCUUCUCCCCCGGCCUUGAGGAGGAUAAGAAAGAGGCCCCAAGCCCAGGAACACCUGCAGCUGCCUUYCCUAGGGACAGUUACAGUGGGGAUGCCCUUUAUGAGCUCUUCUAUGACCCCAGUGAGGCCCCUGUCGGCCCAAGCCUGGACGAUGACUUGUGUGUGUCUGAGAGUCUGUCGGGACCAGCCUUGGGGACACCACUGUCCAUGUGUAGCUUCCAUGUGGGGGCUGAGGAGAACCUGGCCCCAGCACCAGGCCCUGACUUGCUUAGCCAGGGCUUCCUGCAAAGCUCUUGGAAGGGCAAGGAGUGCCUGCUAAAGCUCUGUGACACAGAGCUYGCUAUCACCAUGGGCAUUGUCAACUGGCUUCGCCGAGCUCCACCUGCCCCAGCCCCUGCCCCUGGAGAGCCUGCAACCUCAUCUGGUCCACAGAGGGCCCCUAGAGGACCGGCAGAGAAGCUAGAGGGCAGCGGGGAACAGGCCUCCGAUGCAGGCAGGGCCACAGUGUGCUCAGCACCUAGCAGACAGCAGCUGUGGGCUCACUCAGGCACUAAAGGCCUGCUURUCAAAGAGAGUAGUGUCCCAGGAGAGUCUGUAAGGGGGACUGGCACCCCCUCCAAGAACUCCUCUCUAGAGGAAGAGACACAAGGCCACCCUAAUGGUUUGAUCUCCUCUGUGGGGUCUUCAGCCUCUACAAGAGACAUUUCCAGUAAAGGCAAGGCUCCCAACUCCACGGCCUGGCCUGGCUCACAGAAGGAACCCAGGCCACCWGAGAACCUGAGGAAUUCUCAAGGGCCAUGGAGGCCAGGUCCUGGGGGAAGUGCUCUGGAUGUAGGGCCCACCUUGGCUGGCUAUGUGGCCCRCAUGGCAGCCUUGCAGAUCCACCCAGACAGCCAGCCUCCAAGGCAGGACAUAGGCAGUGGACCCUUCAGGCAGUCUCCAGCCUGGGGCCCUGACCUUCUGCAGCAGAAACAGACCAGCAGUUCUCCCAAUGGGGUAGCUGUCUGUGGCCUUCCCAUCCAGAACAGCCCACAGGACCAGAGGUGUCCAGGCCUCAUCCUGAACCUGAGCCAGCUCAAAUUGGAACCCACCAGACUGGGUGCCCAGACCUGUGCCUCCGUGGAGGGCCAGUCACUGCAGCUCAGUCCCAGGGCUGUGGCACAGGCAGGAGGACACAGGRGUCAGCUGGACUCUGAAUCUCCUUCAGGCCCUACUGCCGGGCGGAACCCCCGGGGAUAUCCCCCAGAAAUCCUGGGCCUCACUUUGAACAGUCAGCGGUAGGUGGGCUCCUCUGCAARUGUCCUCACAUGCCGCCACGGUCUCCUGACCCAAGAAGGCCUCCCUUGAGGUUGGUUGGAAGUUGGGGCUUCCAGGCAAACCAUGACGGAGCCCCAUCUGUAA